AUGAGACUAUUACUUUGCUUGAUUUUGGCAAUCCGUACCGGUGUCUAUUGCCUGAUAGUGGCUCCAGUGAUUGACCUAGGAUAUUCUCAGUAUCAAGGUGUGAGACUUAACGCUGGAGUUGAUGAAUAUCUUGGGAUGCGAUACGCAGCAGCUCCAUUAAAUGAUUUAAGAUUCCGUGCUCCUAAGGAUCCUGUAGAAAAUGGAACUGUGCAGGAUGCGUUUUAUAUUGUUUUCGUCAACUUUAAUUACCGCGUUGGGGCCUUGGGUUUUCUGGCGAGUCGUGAAGUUGAGGAGGAUGGCGACUUGAAUGUGGGCCUUCUUGACCAACGAAAAGCUCUUUUAUGGGUCAAGAAACACAUUAAUAAGUUCGGUGGGAAUCCGGAGCAUGUCGUUAUUCACGGUGAUUCCUCCGGGGCUGGGUCAAUUGCCCAUCACAUGGCAGCUUACGGGGGUCAGGAUGAUGGGCUUUUUAUGGGUGCUGUGUAUGAGUCUCCAUUCUGGCCUACAUUGCGUACUGUUUCAGAAAUGGAAUUUCAAUUUAAUCGGUUUCUUAAAGACACUGGCUGUUCUGGCGCGUCCUCAAAUAUGUCUUGUCUACGCUUGUUAGACAUUGCCACUAUCCAGACAGCAAAUGUUGCCACACCUUUCCCGGGUGGUAGCAGUGAUCUCCCACCGUUAUGGUACUUUUUGCCUGUGAUUGAUGGAAAGACUGUGAAGGUCCCGCUACUAGUCGGUGACGACACAGACGAGGGUUCUAUCUUUGCAUACAACGGUUCUAGAAGACAUGACUUGUCGCGUUUUUUUAAGGCGAAUUAUCCAAAUCUCCACUUUAACAGCCUCGAGAAAAUCCAUCGUGCCUACCCUUGCACAUCUCAGCUACCAAAACAUGGCGAGUAUUUUUCGUCAAUUUCUGCGGCCUAUGGCGACGCCACCUUCACGUGUCCUGGGAUCAAAAUAGCUAGUUCCAUGGCGGACCACUUCUUACCCAAUAAUAUAUGGAAUUAUCGGUACAACGUCCAAGCACCCAGGCUUAUAUCUGAGGGUCUUGGGGUUCCUCACAUAUUUGAAUUAAGUGCUAUUUUUGGGGUUGGCUUCGCUGGAAGCAGCGAGUCGUCGAGCUACGGCAGCUUGAAUGCUGCUAUUGUGCCAGUUGUUAUGCAUUAUUGGAUCAGUUUCGUCAAAAUUUUGAAUCCCAAUCAUUUUAAAUACCACGAGGCGCCCUACUGGGAGCCCUGGGGGUCUGGGGAUGGACGACGUCUACGAUUGCAAACAAACUCCACAGAGAUGGAGUUAAUUCCACAAGGUCUGAGCCAGAAUUGUUCGAUGUGGAGAACCUUAUCUAAAGAGAUGGACGUGUAG